GUUUCAGAUGGCAGUAGAAAACAGAAGUGAUGGUCGGGUGAUGUUUGUUGCCAUAUUUAUUGCUUCCUCUUUAUUGAUUUCUACCCAAUGCUUUACUGCACUGAAGCAUAAUUCUCUUGGAGAUAUUCUCAAUGACGAUACAAUCAAUCUGAAAGAAUCAUCGGGUAGAGCAGAAAUGAAACUUCCAGCGAAACCGGUUUUUUUGAAGAAGCAUGGCGUCGAAGGUCUUAAUUAUAAUCUCGACAAUAAAUCACGUCCCUUCAUUUAUUGUGAUUUUUAUGAUGUUAGUUCAUGUGAUCCAAUGGAACGGAGUUGUCCGACCACGAAAAUGUGUUAUGCUUCAGUAAACGAUCAUCGCUUAGGUUGUAUGGCUGCUUUGGUAAAUAACUCAUUAACACGGCAGGUGACUUUAAAAGGGUGCUGGAUGCAUGAUGGUAAUUUGGGUAACUGCGACAACAGUCAAUGUAUUGCUGAUGAACGACCAACUGGACAUGGUAAUGCUGCUUUAUUUUGUUGUUGCAGCACUCACUAUUGUAAUCGACGUGUACAGUUUCCUCCACAACGUACAGCCACUCCACCACCGACUACGGUAGAACCAACGGAAGUGGAAGAUCCAGGAUUCUUUGGUGCUGGAAGCAAAAUGUUCGCUAUUAUCAUUCUUGGCUUCUUUUCUCUUUGUGCGUUGGCUUUGUUCUGCUACUACAGUUAUCGGGAAUACAGAAACAGUCGACAUUAUAAAGAGAAGGCUGCCGAUGCAUUUUCGAUGCCCGUCGUUGGUGAUGCGAAAUUACCUUUGAUUGGAGCCAAAAAUGACGAUAACUUGAAGAAUAUUAUCAAUCUUGAGUUGGUGGCUCGCGGUCGAUUUGGUCAAGUAUUUCGUGGUGUACUAGACAAUGAAACUGUCGCGGUAAAAGUUUUUCCACCUGUGGAUGUGAACAGUUGGAUCGUUGAACAGGAAAUUUACGCGAUAGCUUCUCUUCGAAGACACAAAAAUAUAUUGCGAUAUUUGGGCGCGGAAGUUCAUGGAAACGAUUUCUGGCUGAUUACAGAAUUCCACGAUAACGGCUCACUGUUUGAUUUCCUUCACUUUCGUGUCUUGACUUUACAAGAAUCGUUGAAAGUAAUAGCUUCAAUGUUGAAAGGAUUGUCUUUCCUUCACGAAGAAAAAAUGAUCGAUGGCGAACUAAAACCUUGUGUUGUGCACCGAGAUUUUAAAUCACGAAAUGUACUUUUGAAGUCCGAUUUAACUUCGGUAAUCGCUGAUUUUGGUCUAGCGUUGAAGUGCGAAAACGGUCAAAUGCCAUCUGAUGACAAUCAUGGACAGGUAGGAACGCGACGUUACAUGUCACCAGAAAUAUUGGAAGGUGCUACCGAAUUUACAGCCUUUGCUUUCCGUCAGAUUGAUGUGUAUGCUUCUGCUUUGGUCUUAUGGGAGAUUCUAUCGCGAACAUCAAUGGGUAAAGAUGAUGUUGUGGGGGAAUAUGAACGACCGUAUGAAGCAGAAGCUGGAGUGCAGCCAACAUUGCAUGAUAUGAGACGAGUUGUUGCUGUAGAAAAAAAACGACCAAGUAUUCGUGCUGCAGUCAUGGAACAUAACAUUGGUGGUGUUUUAUGGAAGACAGCUGAAGAUAUGUGGGAUAUGGAACCGGAUGGCCGUAUCACUUCUGGAUGUGCAUACGAACGUGCCAAUACAUUAUUCAUGUCCUAUGCUGCGGAUUUAAAAUUUGAGUGUACUACGCAACCGGAAAAUUCUAUAAAUGGUGCGCUACCUUCAUAUACACAAGAAUAUGGAGUGGUACCGGCAGCACUACUUAUCAAAGAUGGUUCUUUGGGUUCCAAUGGAUUCCAUGCUUCAAUGGAAGAAUAUGCACAAGCCUGUACAGCACCUCCAAAUGUUCGAUACUUUGCAACUCUCGAUACAGAGAAAGUAAUUCAGGAUAAUAUAAUUCCCUUAUCAAAUCAAGGUGCGCAUAGUACUUUCCCAUUAUCGUGAUGAUUCGUUUCUAUAUGGAUAUGUUGUACAGUUUUAUUCUGUUUAUCUUUAUUGCAGUGGUCAAGUCAGACGGCGUAGAGCAUUGCUCCAUUGGUGGUUUAAUUUAAUCUUUGUUUUUUUUAAAUCAUUUAAAAAGUGUCGCUGUCAGCUUGCAAA